GAAAAAGAAACAAAUAUUUGGAUUAAAAACGCCGAUUCUGUGGGAAUACGAGUAUGGUUGUUAUAAAUGGCUACACCUUCAAGUCACAACAACUCCUCACACAACAGACAACUCAAUCCCAGCACUUGCAAUACGGCCCGAACCAAAGUCAGGGCCAAAAUCCGGGUCAGAGCCAGCAGCAUUCCGGUGGCUCCAUGGCCAUGCCGGCUACGACAGCGACGACGGCUGCGUCAAAGGGCAAACGGGAGUGGGACAUCAAUGAUGCCAUCGUGCCACAUGUCCCCGACCAGGAGUUCGAUGAGUUCAACGAGUGGAGUGACGGGCAUGUCCGGCACAUCUACUCGCUCCACAACGAGGAGGCCAAGAAGCACAUCUCCGGCUGGGCCAUGCGCAACACCAACAACCACAACGUGAACAUCCUGAAGAAGAGCUGUCUGGGUGUCCUGGUCUGCUCCCAGCACUGCACCCUUCCGAAUGGUUCCAAGAUCAACCUGCGUCCGGCCAUUUGCGACAAGGCCCGUCGGAAACAGGAGGGCAAGGCCUGUCCCAACAAAAGCUGUCGUGGCGGCAGGCUGGAGAUCAAGCCUUGUCGUGGGCACUGCGGCUACCCAGUCACCCAUUUCUGGCGGCAUUCUGGAAAUGCCAUUUUCUUCCAGGCCAAGGGCGUUCAUGAUCAUCUCCGUCCAGACCCGAAGAACUCCAGUGUUUCGAAGAGGGCUUUCGGAAGGGUGCCCUUGGCUGGGAAGUCCGGCAAUGGAGCCGUGCCUAAGAAGUCAGUUAUUGCGGGUCUGGUCAAGCAGGUCAAGCAACAACAGAGUCUAAUGGGAAAGGUCCUGAAACGGCCAACAGCAGGGAACCCACUCACACACUCCGCUUUGGAUAUUUACCAAUUUAAUGCCUGUGGCAAGUGCACUACGUUUAGCCAGUGCACCUGCAGCUACCUGGAUGACUCCGCAGCUAGAAGCCACCAAUUAUCGCAGCCUUCGACUUAUGCCACAAACUCCUGGCCACUGAGUGGGUCUGAUUCCUCGGCUGCCUGCGAAUCUGCCGCCAAUGUUUUCCAUGUCAACCACCAACACAUCACCUACAACUAUCCCAUCUACCAUGCCACUCCGACGGCAGCCACAGCAGCUCCCUGCAAGUCGCCCAGUUUGCCGUACACCUGCAGCAUUCCGGAACUGGCCGCCUACCAACAAUGCGCCUCCGGGAACAGUUACGGGAUGAGUGCUCCCGGGCACUCACAGUGUCAAACACUUUCCUACGAGUCCAGUCCCCAACUGCCCACCCCUGAGCCGGAGUUCAUUAACUACUCGCAGAUCAAGCACUUGGGCGGAGGAGGCCAGGAGGAGAUCAACUGCAAGGGCGAGCCACCCACCAUAAAGUACAACGCCACGGUGGAGACGCAACCGUAUGUGGAGGACAACUAUGACUACUAUUACAGUCCCAAGGCGGAGUAUGAGCUGCAGCAACAGCAGCAUCACCAUCACCACCAACAGCAGCAGCAGUAUAGCGGAAACCACUACUACGAGAGCGGAAGUGGCUACAACGGAGUCAGCUACUUCGAUACAGGAACCACAACUGCGCCGCCGGGAAACGGAACAGGAACCGGAAGCUCCUUGGAUCCUGGCUACGGCGGCUACUACGAUCCUUACUCGAGCUAUGAGCAACAGAUGGCCACCGUGGCCCCUCACCCAGGUCACCCACCUCCGCCGGCACCACCACCCACGCUUACGUACCACAAUCACCACCACCACUUGCACCACUCGGCGGCGUCUGUUCCAACCACGGUGGCACUAGCCCCAUCGAUCACCCAAUGAAUAGUACUUAACGAUCCGGACUCCGGUCAUGAUUACUCAUAGUCGAUAGAUAAGCCUAGUUAGUGUUAGGAUUAGUUUGUGAAAUCUUAAUUUCAAUCAUUAUGCGUUGUGUUGCAUAGUUUUCUCAUUGCUUUUUCGGGCAAAUAAAUUAUGAAAAUAUGUUGGUUUG